AUGGUUCCUAAGCAUCUGUUAGCCGGAAUUCGUACCCUAGCUCGACCCGUUCGCCAUCACGCACGAUCCACAAAUCUCCGCUCCUCUCCUGAAUUUUUUCAUAAGCUUCAAACCAGGCAUUAUUCAAAUGAACCUCCCCCAGCUGCUCCGACUUUCUCUCCUCCGCCAGCCUCCACUUCAAAUCCAAAGAGCUCUCUGAAUGAAGCUGAGCUACAAAAAUUUGCGGCAAUUUCUGGGACAUGGUGGGAUGCUGAAGGUCCGUUUAAGCCGUUGCAUGUGAUGAACCCGACGAGGCUUGCUUUUAUUAGAUCCACAUUGUGCCGGCAUUUUGGAAAGGAUCCAAACUGCGCAAGGCCAUUUGAUGGAUUGAAAUUCAUAGAUGUUGGCUGUGGAGGGGGGAUUUUAUCUGAGCCUUUGGCUCGUAUGGGUGCCACUGUUACAGCAAUUGAUGCUGUUGAAAAGAACAUCAAGAUUGCACAACUUCAUGCGCAUUUGGAUCCUAUGACUUCAUCAAUUGAAUACCAUUGCACAACAGCUGAAAAAUUGGUGGAAGAGCAGAGGAAAUUUGAUGCUGUACUUGCACUGGAGGUAAUCGAGCACGUGGCAGAUCCUUCUGAUUUCUGCAAAUCCUUGUCAGCAUUGACCAGUUUCGGUGGAGCUACGGUUAUCUCUACAAUUAAUCGAUCCAUGAGAGCAUAUGCAACUGCCAUCCUCAUGGCUGAAUAUGUGCUACACUGGCUUCCAAGAGGCACACAUCAAUGGUCGAGCUUCCUGACGCCAGAAGAACUGGUCCUUAUUCUCGAGCGCGCCUCUAUUUCAGUCAAAGAGAUGGCCGGGUUUGUUUAUGACCCCUUGACUGGGAGAUGGUCCCUUUCUGAUGAUAUCAGUGUAAAUUUCAUCGCUUAUGGCACUAAGAACAGCGAAUAG